AGUGGGUGCUGGGUCCUGGAUCUGGGGCAGGUACCCCUUCUUCUCUUGUCCAGCCUUGGGACAGGACUCCAGUGUAUUGGAAAGUGGGCCCAGAGACUUUAAGGCGUGCUACCUGGGUAGAGACUCCAGUCCGUCCCUGAGCCACGGUGGAGAGGGAAAGGAGGGUGCCGGAGGGGAGUACCCCCAGGACUGGCUGGGAGAGCUUCCUGCUGGGGAAGGUGGGACAGAGGAGCCCCGGGAUGGUCCUUUGGGGUGGGCUGGGAGCUCAGACAGCCCCUCUAGACUGUCAUUUCAAAGCCUUUAGUGCCAGCCUCUUGGUGGAAGCUGAGGAAUUCAGCCCUCCCUGGAGAGAGACUCUGGCUUCUGAUACUCCCUUCCCCAGGCCCUCCCCAGGGCCUCCGGCCCAGAUCCUGGGGCCUCUGAUGGCGCAGACUGUUUGUGGCAGCUCCCUUUGGAGGGGCAGCCAGCAGUGGGAGGGGAGGGCUGGGUCCAGGGCACAUCUUGGCCAUCUUGGGGUCCUGGGAAGGAGGGCAGGCUUCUAGCAAGGAGGUAAGGUUCCUGCUGCCAACCACGUCCACCACUUCUCCUCCUCCUCUUUCUUUGAAGCCUGGUUCCCAGGUCAGAGCUGAGUGGCAGAGCUCUGUAGGUCUAGGGUAUCAGGCACAGGCCCUGGCCCUCGCAAGGAGGAUCUGCUAGUCCAGAGGCAGGUCUGAUCCUGGACUGCCUGCCCUUGGAAGCUGUACACUGGGGAUUGCUGGUGUGGCCACGAGCUCCUUAAUGAGCACCUGAGGCUCGGGGUGGGCUGGGGGCCCCUCCGCUGCAGUCUGCCCGAUCCCUGCCAGGCCCUGCCCCCUGCCUCAAGCACUUCCCGCUCGACCUGCGCACGUCUAUGGAUGGCAAAUGCAAGGAGAUCGCCGAGGAGCUCUUCAGCCGCUCCCUGGCUGAGAGUGAACUCCGUAGCGCCCCAUACGAGUUCCCUGAAGAGAGCCCCAUCGAGCAGCUGGAGGAGCGGCGGCAGCGCCUGGAGAGGCAGAUCAGCCAGGAUGUCAAGCUGGAGCCAGACAUCCUGCUUCGGGCAAAGCAAGAUUUCCUGAAGACGGACAGUGACUCGGACCUCCAGCUCUACAAGGAGCAGGGUGAGGGGCAGGGUGACCGGGGCCUGCGGGAGCGUGAUGUGGUGCUGGAACGGGAAUUUCAGCGGGUCACCAUCUCCGGGGAGGAGAAGUGUGGGGUACCAUUUACAGACCUGCUGGAUGCAGCCAAGAGUGUGGUGCGGGCGCUCUUCAUCCGGGAGAAGUACAUGGCCCUGUCUCUGCAGAGCUUCUGCCCCACCACCCGCCGGUACCUGCAGCAGCUGGCCGAGAAGCCUCUGGAGACACGGACCUAUGAGCAGGGCCCUGACACCCCUGUGUCUGCUGAUGCCCCGGUGCACCCCCCUGCGCUGGAGCAGCACCCGUAUGAGCACUGUGAACCAAGCACCAUGCCGGGGGACCUGGGCUUGGGUCUCCGCAUGGUGCGGGGCGUGGUGCACGUCUACACCCGCAGGGAACCUGAUGAGCAUUGCUCAGAAGUGGAGCUGCCAUACCCCGACCUGCAGGAAUUUGUGGCAGAUGUCAAUGUGCUGAUGGCUCUGAUUAUCAAUGGCCCCAUAAAAUCCUUCUGUUACCGCCGGCUGCAGUAUCUGAGCUCCAAAUUCCAGAUGCAUGUGCUGCUCAAUGAGAUGAAGGAGCUGGCUGCCCAGAAGAAAGUGCCACACCGAGAUUUCUACAAUAUCCGCAAGGUGGACACGCACAUCCAUGCCUCGUCCUGCAUGAACCAGAAGCAUCUGCUUCGCUUCAUCAAACGGGCAAUGAAGCGGCACCUGGAGGAGAUCGUGCACGUGGAACAGGGUCGCGAACAGACGCUGCGGGAGGUCUUUGAGAGCAUGAAUCUCACUGCCUACGACCUGAGUGUGGACACGCUCGACGUGCACGCGGACAGGAACACCUUCCAUCGCUUUGACAAGUUCAAUGCCAAAUACAACCCUAUUGGGGAGUCUGUCCUCCGAGAGAUCUUCAUCAAGACCGACAACAGGGUUUCUGGGAAGUACUUUGCUCACAUCAUCAAGGAGGUGAUGUCGGACCUGGAGGAGAGUAAAUACCAGAAUGCGGAGCUUCGACUCUCCAUCUACGGGCGCUCAAGGGACGAGUGGGACAAGCUGGCGCGCUGGGCAGUGAUGCACCGUGUACACUCUCCCAACGUGCGCUGGCUCGUGCAGGUGCCCCGCCUCUUUGAUGUGUACCGUACCAAGGGCCAGCUGGCCAACUUCCAGGAGAUGCUGGAGAACAUCUUCCUGCCACUGUUCGAGGCUACCAUCCACCCUGCCAGCCACCCGGAGCUGCACCUCUUCUUGGAGCACGUGGAUGGCUUUGACAGCGUGGACGAUGAGUCUAAGCCCGAGAACCACGUCUUCAACAUGGAGAGCCCCCUCCCCGAGGCUUGGGUGGAGGAGGACAACCCACCCUACGCCUACUACCUGUACUACACCUUCGCCAACAUGGCCAUGCUGAACCACCUGCGCAGGCAGAGGGGCUUCCACACGUUUGUGCUGAGGCCGCACUGUGGGGAGGCCGGGCCCAUCCACCACCUGGUGUCGGCCUUCAUGCUGGCUGAGAACAUCUCACACGGGCUCCUUCUGCGCAAGGCCCCGGUCCUGCAGUACCUGUACUACCUGGCCCAGAUUGGCAUCGCCAUGUCCCCGCUCAGCAACAACAGCCUCUUCCUCAGCUACCACCGGAACCCGCUCCCCGAGUACCUGUCCCGCGGCCUUAUGGUCUCGCUGUCCACCGAUGAUCCCCUGCAGUUCCAUUUCACCAAGGAGCCGCUGAUGGAGGAGUACAGCAUCGCCACCCAGGUGUGGAAGCUCAGCUCCUGUGAUAUGUGUGAGCUGGCGCGCAACAGUGUGCUCAUGAGCGGCUUCUCCCAUAAGGUAAAGAGCCACUGGCUGGGACCCAACUAUACCAAGGAGGGCCCCGAGGGUAAUGAUAUCCGCCGCACCAACGUGCCGGACAUCCGCGUGGGCUACCGCCAUGAGACCCUGUGCCAGGAGCUGGCGCUCAUCACGCAGGCCGUGCAGAGCGAGAUGCUGGAGACCAUCCCGGAGGAGGCGGGCAUCACCAUGAGCCCAGGGCCUCAGUGAGCCCAGCUCACGUAGUGCCCCACAUCUCGGCACCUUGGCCCCGUUCUGUCCUCAAACCCCUCCCACGCUCUUGUGGUCUCUGCAUGUGUCCAUUCUUCUUUGUCCUGUCCUGCAUGUCUCUACCUGUAUCUGUCCCUGUGCCGCCCCAGGGAAAGUGGUGCCCAGGAUCUGCUUUGCCCUUGUCUUGGCUCAAGUGGCAUCUGAUGGCCCAGGUUGGAGGGCUGCCCUGCUUGUGGCCCUGUCCCAGGAUCCUUUGAAGCCUGGCUGUCCUGCGGGCAUCUCAGUGUCUGCAGGAGCUAGGGAUGGUUGUGGGGGGCUGGCCCCUCUAAUUCUUGGGGUCCUGUUUAGGCAAACCCGAGCUUUGGCUGGGGCUUGAGUUUAGGCCACCGCCUUGUUUAUGUGGCUGAGGGGCAGUCAGGUGGGGCCUGUACACGUAUAUUAUGGGCACGAGCUGCUGGGAAUCUGGGGAGUUCCAGCAGCCCUGUGGGAGGUAAAAUUGGUUGAGUUGCAGCCAUGGCUGCCUGGACUCGAGCCCCGGAGGUGCUGGACCACCACCUCCGCCAAGUCACUGCCCAGCCGCGCUCUCCGUCCUUCCCCUGGUCCACGUGCUUCUCUGGUGUCAGCUUCCUGUGCCUCUGUGGGAGGGGGCAGCCGCCUGUGCUAUGUCUGGGGCCACUGCAGCUGGAGGGUCCUGGAUUGGCCACUAGCCCUGGGGGCAAUCCCCACUAUGGUCCCCAGAGUUUUGACCAGACCUGGGUCCCACCUGGUCCCCUAUGUUGUGUUCUGGACCAAGGCCUUUGCUGUGAAAUGCAGUAUUUCAUACAAUCCCAUCUUUCCUAGUGCAUGAAAAAUAAAGAUUAUUUAAGUAAUGA